AUGGACACAGACGAUCUGCCUGUAGUGCUUCCAUCAAGCACAACGUCAGGUCUCUCGCUAGCACUCCACCCCUUGCCGAUCUUGAACAUAUCAGAGCAUCUCACGCGCCGCAAACUCCAGACGGACAGUAACUCGCCGUUCGUCUUGGGUGCUCUCCUGGGAACGCAGAAUGGGCGUGAAGUCGAGAUAGUCAACUCCUUUGAACUUGCGGUGGAGGAGUCAGACGCAGACAAGGUUGAUCACGGAUUCUUCAUCAUCCGCAGAGACCAAUACAAACAGGUCUUCCCCUCCCUAGAAUUCAUUGGUUGGUACACUGUGGCACCGCAACCCACUGCACGUCAUAUCAAGUUUCAUGAACAGUUUACAGCGUACAGCUCAACCCCUCUACUCCUCAUUCUGCAACCUUCAUCCCCAUCCACCGCAUCGACAUCAGAUGUUACUGCUCAAGCACUGCCAUUCAAAGCCUAUGAGCCCACCACCGAGAUUCGGGACCGAAAGACACGCUCAGUUUUCAUCGAAGCCUCGUAUUCAGUAGAAACCGGUGAAGCCGAGCGGAUAGCCGUUGACUGGACCGCGAAAGGCGGAGGGGGCGAGACUAGCUUGGAAUCUCACCUACAGUCUCAACGAGCUGCGGUGAAGAUGCUCCAUGAUCGAAUUAUUCUCCUCGUCCAAUACGUUACGGACGUACUUGCUGGGCAAGAACCCAUUGACCACGGGACUUUGCGGUCGCUAUCUGCUCUGAUCGCCUCCUUGCCGGCGAGCGAGAAUCCAGCCUUCCGCACAGAAUUCGAGACGGAAUAUGAGGACGUCCAGCUAACGGCGCUGCUUUCGACACUGACGAAGUCGGCCAACACGCUCAACGACUUUGUUGACAAGCACGCGGUACUUACCUCGGGUGGUCGCGAUGAACGUGGUGGAGGUUCGGGAGGUCCACGCCGACGGGGCAUGAGUGGACGUGGAGGUCCUAUGGGAGGAUCUGAGGCUUGGGAGCGAUUCCAUUGAUGUUGUCAUUGCUGUUAAUAUACAUUGGUCUGUACAAACAUGAAUGCC